AUUUUUAACAUAUAUUAAUAUUCCAGAGCUUCGUGGUAAAAUACCAAAGUGUUAAAUAUGUUCCAAAGCCUUCCAUAAAUUGACAACUAGAGAACAUAUGUGCAAAAGGUAUUAAUAUAUUUUAACCUAAAAUAAGAUGUUUAAGAAUUGUUUGCAGUACUUGUGCUUCUUAUAAAAUUUCUUUAGAAGUCAAUAAGGGUGAAAGGUUAUGUAAAAUAUGUAAAGAGGUAAAUUUUCAUAUCUACUUUUCAGGAAUCAGAUUCAAUAAAAUCUUUUGUUGAUUAAAAUCAUAUUGUUUAUGGUGUUGAUACUAUUUCAAAAUAAUGGCUUGGAAAUGAUUUUAAUUCUUAAGAGUAUAAAAUUGUCAGUGAUCCUACAAAACUAAAAACGGAAUAAGUAGAUAUUAAUGGAUUAGACAACAUUAAUUAUUCUUUAAAGGAUUUUUAUUCUCUUGUUGGAAAUGAUAAUAUAAAAUUAAAAAAUGUUUGCAGUACUUUUUGUUCAAAGAAUCCACAAAUAGAAUUUACUCCAUAAUUGGUAUGUUUGGCUAAUUUUUUACUUUGCUUUUCAUCUGAAUCAUCUGCUUUUUAAUUACUCAAUAUCAUAUAUAAAUAAAAGCCAUCUGAGGAUUGUUUAAUUAGCAUAGUAAAAUAUUGUGUUAAAGGAUUCAAUUUAUCUGAUAAUAAAGAUACAUCUUUAAUGAAACAAUUUUUAAAAGAAAAAUUGGAAAGAUACUUGAUAACAUUUUCAAUUAAUAUGUUUAAUUUUGAUACAACUUUCUUUUUAAUUUCUGAACUAAUAUAAAAAUAUGAUUACUUCUUACGUGGAUUAGCUACUAUUUUUAUGCUUGCUAGCCCAAAUCUUUAAAAUUCUAAUUCUAAUGAGUUGGAAGUCUAUAUUUUAAGAAAUAUUAGAAGUAUAGAAGUAGAAAAGAAAUUAAAAACAAUUUAAUAAUUUCAAACAAAAUAAGAAUCAGAUAUUAUAGAGAGAACACAAUCAAAAAUGAGUCAAGCUUUUUCAGUUUUUGAAUAACAAGAUCCAACCUAAGUUAAUGAUUUAAAAACAGAGAUUUCCAAUCUAAAAUUAUAAUUAUAGUUGAAGGAUAAUGAAAUUGAAAGUUAUAAAUUUUAAAUAUCUCAAAUUCAAAUACCUGAUGAAUAAAAGAGAGAGAAAUAUCUUUAAUAAAAAAGUGAGGAAAUUGUUGGAUUAUUAUCCAAAAUAGAUGAGUUAGCUUAUGAAAAUCAAUAAUAUUAAAAUAAAGAAUGUGCAAAUUAAGAUUUUCAAUUAAUGUUUGCAUAAUCUUAAAAAUAAAUAGAAGAAAAAUAAAAAUAAAUCGAUAGGUAUAAAGCUAAAUUAAAAGAGACUUCAAAAGAUAAUAGAUCAAUGUCAUUAUCAUAAGCUGGAGGAAUAAAUAUUUUAUCUGGAAAAGAAGUUUAAGAGUUGAAAUAAAGUUUUGAAGAUGAAAAAUAACUUUUGUUCAAUUAAAUUAAAUAAUUGGAAAAUAGUAAAAUAUAUUUGUAAAAGAGUUUGGAUGCACAAAAGAAACUUAACCAAAGAGUAAUUGAUUAUAUUAGUUCUAUGAAUUUGAAUAAAAAAUUAGUUGAAUUACAAGCAAAGGGUUUUGAAGAGAAAGGAACAACAUAUUCAGAUGACUACACUAAUUUAUUAGAUAUUAAGAAUUAAUAGAACUAAAUGUUGAUUAGAUUAAAGAACACACACUUGUAAUAAAUAGAAGAGCUUAAAAAUAAAAUUAAAAAUUUGAAAUGA